AUAAAAGCAAAGCGAUGUUGGAAAUACUUUGCUCAAGUAUAGGGCUGGAAAGGUUCAGUUAAACCUUAAGUUUGUGUGUUUAAAGACGUUAGAAAUCGUAUUUUGAAACCGUGACUGGCAGAGGACAGAUAGGGGUUUGCGUUUGUCAACAACUGAAGAAAUGAGGUCGUUAUUGUGUUUUGAAUUAACUUGGACAGGCGUAUCCGUAGUAGAAACUCAGUCCUAUUAGUAUUACUGUCAUCAACAAUAUAAAUAAAGUUGUAAAUCAUUAUAUGUAUUAAUUCAGUAUCUAAAAUACCUAAUAUUAAUAAAGAUAAAUAUGUUUAGAUUGCUUUAGUAUCGUUGCACUUUUAAUUAUACAAUAGAAACUUAAAUUUUUGACCUAGGCCUAAGUGAUUCACCACGUUAUGAAACACGGCUACGAUUUCCAUGAUUGUUCCAGAGAUUAGUACACGCACGAGGCUACAGCUUUGAAUUUGUACCUGCUCUUAAACAGAAGUUUUAAUGCCUGAUAUGCCUUUUGUAUGCAAGAGAUCCAAUCCAAACAUUCUAUGGUGAUAUGUUCUGUAAGUAGUGAAAGUUAAAAAAAGACGAGUCCAGAAGGUAAUACCCCAAUAAUGGAAGAAGAGAUUGUUACUGACAAUUUGACAAACCGUGAGAUUCAAGGUUUCAAGAUUAAGUGCCCUCAGUGUACUGAACUUAUAGACUUUGACAGUUUUGAGAUCCACAGAAGUACUUGUGAACAUGAAAUUGUGACAUGUCCUGAAGGAUGUAGAGUUCGAAUGAAACGAAAGUUGGUUGCUAUCCACCUUUCUCAAGAAUGUCUUUCUAAACUUAUAGAAUGCGACCAUUGCCAUGACACUUUCCCAAGAAAAGAGAGCAGGUCUCAUUUUACAAGUUGCAUGUUCGUGCCCCAGCCUUGCCAACUUUGUGAGGUUCUAGUGACAAGAAGAAGUAUGGAAAACCAUAUUAAUACUAGCUGCAUGAGAGCCUAUGUUUCUUGCCCAUUUAAAGAUCUUGGUUGUGAGGAGGAUAUCAUAGAACGUCUAUACCUUGGUGCUCAUUUACAGAAAGAUGUUGCCAGGCAUCUCACACUACUUUUUCAAGCAUUUUACACAUUGUGUGAAAACUUUACUAAAUUAUUACAGAAUAACUCCUCCAACUCAUCCAUAGAAAGUUUUUUAAAAAUGUUGGAAAAGUUCAAGCAAUCUCAUUUAAGUUCUUCUGAAAAAAUGUCAACAAUAGUAAAUGAUGAUAAAGAAACAGAAGUCUCAAGUAUGAAAAAGGUAUUGCAUUGUGAAGACAGUUUGUCAGUUGACUUACGUGCAAAAGUAAUUAGUCUUGAGCAGCAAAAUAAAGAAUUAACUAUCAAAGUUAACCAUCUAGAACAACAGUUGGAAGAACAAAAAAGACAAAUUUGCAAACUUUGUACGAGUAUGUCAGUCAUUGAGGAACGUAUAUGCAAUGGUAUUUUCUUUUGGAAAAUUAAAAAUUUUUCUUCUUUAGCAGAAAAGACAAAACAUAUGGGAGGAAUGGUGUGUUACAGUCCAGGAUUUUAUACCUCUCCAUUUGGUUAUAAAGCCUGUCUACGUUUGUUCUUGCAACCAAGUGAAGAUGACGAUGAUUUGAUUAUAUCACUUUUUCUACACUUUAUGAGAGGUGACUAUGAUGAUUUAUUGUCAUGGCCUUUCCAGGGAAGUUUUUAUCUUAUAGUCAUAAGUCAAACUGAAGAUCCUUCUUGUAAGCAUAUUGUGAACGCCCUGGAGUCAAAUUCUAGCUUGCAGGCAUUUCAUCGACCAAAGUCUGAGAGAAAUGUUAAAGGUUAUGGUUAUAAAGAGUUUACAAAAAUGUCAAAACUUUACUCAGGAGGAUACAUUAAGAAUGAAACUUUGAUUAUAAAGAUUGAAGUAGUCAGUUUAUCAUGAUAUUUACAAAGUUCUCCAAGUGCUAUACCACGUGAGAAAAUUUCUACAGACAUUUGCUUCACACUUAUAUUUUCUGAAAUUCAAAGAACUUUUCAACAACUAUAAUCAAUGUGUGUCAAUAAACUUGGCAUCAAAAAAUAGUUUAUAAUUCCAAUUUUAAUAUUAUAAAAGUUUAAGUUCAAAAAGGAAAUACUGAAAUAAAUUCUGAAUCGUUACUUCUCUGUAUCAUGCCAUUUCUUUACUCUGAAUUGCCCAUUUUAAAUUUUACUUAAACUAAUUAUUUGUACAUAAUUUUUUGUGACUGUUAUUAUACAUUCUUCUUUGAAUUCUUGUUUUCAAUGCAGAUAAUUUGUUAAUCUUUAUUGGGUAAGGACUUGUCAAGCAUCGUAUGUCAAUUAAGAAGUUGAUUUUGAUACUCAAGGAAGUUUAUUCAAAGUCAGAUAUUUUAAUAAAAUACCUCAUCCUGUCUUCCAAAAAAAUUGUCAAUAACUCUCGCUGACAUUUGCUAUAUUGGAUUAUUUAUAACCAAUAGAAAGAGAUGAUUCUACAUUACUGAAUUUUCUACAAGGCUAUCUAAUUCAGCUGACAGUUUUUGAAAUAGUUUUAUUGUUUGACAUUGUGGCACUUGCUUGACUACCUAACACAAUUUUUUUUAACCCAUUGCAUUAUUUUGUUGUUGUUUUUUCAAUUUCUUUGUCCCAUAUCACUUUAUUUAGACUAUUUGUGUGUUAUAUAUUUGUAUUGACUGGUACUGAAUAGUCUUUUAAUUCUUGUUUUAAUGCAAAUCAUUUGUUAGUCUUUACUGGAUAAGGACUUGUUUAGCUUCAUAUAUUAAUUAACAAGUUUAUUUUGAUACUCAAGAAGGUGUAUUCAAAGUUAAAUAUUUAUUUUAAUAAAAUGUUGGUUAAGAGCUUUUUUUGUUAUUGUGCAGAAGUUUAUAAGGUUUCUUAUUUGAAACAUUUAUCUUUACCAAAAAAAAAAAAUGUGUAAAUUUUAAGUAGACCUGUUAAGAUUCUUAUUGUGAGGAAUACAGGGUGACUUUAGAUUUUCUAGAUAUGCCUAGCAAUAUUGAAUGAUUUUAAAUUGUAUCAUUUAAGGAUUAACAACAAAUGAAUCAAUUUCUUCCUCUGCCCAUAAGUUUAAUAUUUGUAAUAAAAAUGUAUACUUGAACAACAAAAUAAAGUUUUUCCUUAUUUUGUAUAAUA